AGCUAACAUUCCAACUUGUAAAAAUUGGCCUUACGAAAAAAAUAGUGUCCAUUAACAAACCAUCCAACCUAAUAUUUCUUCUCCCCAAUCUUUGAGCACUCUCCCCAAAGGUCCAAGCAAACAGCAUAUUUCACAUCAUCAUCACUGACAUCGUCGUCGAGUUUUGAGCUUUGAUGUCCCGUUUAAGCUUUCCGAAGAAGCUUCUGCCGGUUAGACAGGCAUGGAAGGGCCUCGCCAGUGGCCUCCGCUCCAAACUCACCAAGCUCAAGGAGUCGAAGCUCAUCAGAACCACAACUCAUCGAAUCCUCUCUUCAAAAUUCCUACAUCGACUCUUCGUGCCCUUCAAGCGGCGGUCUCUCGCCAAGACCUCUAACUUCUGCCACUUUCAGCCCCGCCUGUACCAAUACUACCGCAACAACUGUCCGUCGAUCUACAUUGACGAGCUCUUUGAAGAUGAUGAACGUCAUGGGCCUUCUUGGAAUAGUUCCCGCAGGGUACCUGUUGAUCACGAGAAAGGAGAGACAAGCAACGGUAGAGAGGAGGCGAGAGCGAAACCCUCCGAAUUGGUUGGGAAUCAAAGAAGAGAGGGAAAAGUUGCGUACGAUGUUGAUGAAGUGUGGAGGAAUAUCGUAGCUUCAUCGCCUCAGCUACGCUGCGUGGAUGAGCGAGCGGAGGAUUUCAUUUCCAAGAUCAAGGAAGAUAUGAAGCUCCAGAGGGAGAGAUCAAUUCUUGAAUUCCAAGAAAUGCUGAAGCGCAGCGCCUAGAUAUAUAGAUACGCGAUCUAUGACAUGCUUUUUUUUUUUUUUUAGGUGAGAGCAUGAGGGAUUCUCAUAGAGAAUAAUCAUCAUUUCGGCGUGGGCUUGGUCCUAGCUAUGAGAUAAUUCUAUUGGGCUUCACUUCUACACCUUCCAAGUAGAAUCUACCCACAAAGAGAGCAGCUUGCUAACUGCACCCCAUGAUCUCGUGCUUUGCCGGCCCUCAUUUUAGUGGGGCAACCAAUGGUUGAUUCAUGCAUAUAUAUAUAGAUGUCAAUUGUGUAGUCUUUCCGGAGGUUUGGGAUUUUCUUAAUUUCAACGGCACUCUUUGUUGGUAGCAAAGUAUAAGCUAUUGUUGGGUAUCCAGCAAAAAAUAUGUGAUUGUUGGGCAAAUGUAUCAUUCGAUUCAUUGUAUUUGUGGGUUGAACGUAUUUACUGGUUUUACAAAUAUAUAGUAUAAAUUGACUGGUUAUUGCAUGCAUUAA